GGCCUCCAGCGGCGCUCCUGACGUCCGGCACAGACAAUGGGCGACGCGGCCCCGCGGAACCGGAAGUGAAUGGCUUGGAUUUCGUCGCACAUUCCUCCGCGGCGGAAGUGGAGGUGGCCCCGCCCUCUCGGUCCCCGGUCCCUCCUGCCCCUGCGCGGUGCCCUGAGGGGCGCGGGCGGGGCGGAUUUGCGCUGGGAUCUGUCGCGGGAGCGUUCCCGCGAGCGGCAGGCGCGGAAGUCACCUCGCCAGAAGAAGCGCGGCGGGGGGACUACUUUCUGGAUCGGAAGGCAACGUGCAAAAACUUCCGGGGAGGGCUUUGAAAGCGCGUCACUUCCGGCGGGCCGGGACGCGAGGAGCGGGGCUCGGGCGGGGGCAGCGCUCCCGGCCCGGACAGCGGCAGCCGCGCUUGGCAGCAGAUCCCGCCGCGCCGCCCGGCAGCGCCGCCGGGGGAUGCGCCUCGGUCCCCGGCCCAGCCCCUGAGCCCCCCGGCCGUCCCUCUCCGCCCUGCGCUCCCGGCGGCGCCGGCGCCCCCCUCCCCCUGCGGCCAUGGCGGGGGGCGGCGGGUCGCGCUAUGCGGCCGAGUUCGUGCCGCCGCCCGAGUGCCCGGUGUUCGAGCCCAGCUGGGAGGAGUUCAGCGACCCGCUCGGCUUCAUCGGCCGCAUCCGCGGCCUGGCCGAGAAAACCGGCAUCUGCAAGAUCCGGCCCCCCAAGGACUGGCAGCCUCCAUUUGCAUGUGAAGUACAAAGUUUUCGUUUCACUCCACGAAUUCAGCGCCUGAAUGAACUGGAGGCAAUGACAAGAGUGAAACUGGACUUCUUGGAUCAGUUAGCAAAAUUUUGGGAACUCCAAGGAUCCAAUUUAAAAAUCCCCGUGGUUGAGAGAAAAAUACUGGAUCUGUAUGGUCUGAGCAAGAUUGUUGCCAACAAAGGAGGCUUUGAAGUAGUGACCAAAGAGAAGAAAUGGUCUAAAGUGGCCAGUCGGCUUGGCUACCUGCCAGGGAAAGGCACGGGGUCACUGCUCAAGUCUCACUAUGAACGGAUCCUGUAUCCCUAUGAGCUCUUCCAGUCCGGGGUCAGCCUCAUGGGCAUCCAAAAGCCUAACUUGGAUCUUAAGGAAAAAGUGGAGGCUGAGGACCUCAGUUCAGAUGCCCAAGCUUCCCCAAAGCAGGCUUCAAGGAUGAAUGUUAUGCUGAAGAGGACCAGGCGUGUCAAAUCCCAGGCAGAGGCAGGAGAAAUGAGUAGAAACACUGAACUGAAGAAGCUGCAGAUCUUUGGAGCUGGACCCAAGAUGAUGGGACUGGCAUUGGGAGCAAAGGAUAAAGAGGACGAGGUGACGCGGAGGCGCAAGGGAAGCAGAUCAGAAGCGUUCGGAAUGCAGAUGAGGCAGCGCAAAGGAACUCUUGCUGUCAACUUCGUUGAUCUCUAUGUUUGCUUAUUUUGUGGUAGAGGAAAUAACGAGGACAAACUGCUACUGUGUGAUGGAUGUGAUGACAGCUAUCACACCUUCUGCUUGAUUCCUCCUCUUCCUGAUGUACCCAAGGGUGACUGGCGGUGUCCAAAGUGCGUUGCUGAGGAAUGCAACAAACCCCGAGAGGCCUUUGGAUUUGAACAAGCUGUCAGGGAAUAUACUCUCCAGAGCUUUGGUGAAAUGGCUGAUAACUUCAAGUCUGAUUAUUUCAACAUGCCGGUCCAUAUGGUUCCCACUGAGCUGGUAGAAAAGGAAUUCUGGCGAUUAGUGAGCAGCAUAGAAGAAGAUGUUAUUGUGGAAUAUGGGGCCGAUAUCUCAUCCAAGGACUUUGGGAGUGGCUUCCCAGUGAAGGAUGGCCGACGAAAGCUGAUGCCAGAGGAGGAGGAUUAUGCUCUCUCUGGUUGGAACUUGAACAACAUGCCCAUUCUGGAGCAGUCAGUCCUUGCUCAUAUCAAUGCAGACAUCUCUGGCAUGAAGGUGCCCUGGCUGUAUGUGGGGAUGUGCUUCUCCUCCUUCUGCUGGCAUAUUGAAGACCACUGGAGCUAUUCAAUCAACUACCUGCAUUGGGGAGAGCCGAAGACGUGGUAUGGUGUGCCCUCUCAUGCAGCAGAGCAGCUGGAAGAUGUGAUGAAGGAAUUGGCUCCUGAGCUCUUUGAAUCCCAGCCUGAUCUCCUGCAUCAGCUGGUCACUAUUAUGAACCCCAAUGUGCUGAUGGAACAUGGUGUACCAGUUUUCAGGACAAAUCAGUGUGCUGGCGAGUUUGUUGUGACCUUUCCUCGUGCCUAUCACUCUGGAUUUAACCAGGGAUAUAACUUUGCUGAAGCUGUGAACUUCUGCACUGCUGACUGGCUGCCCAUUGGACGUCAGUGUGUGAGUCACUACCGAAGGCUGGGACGUCACUGUGUUUUCUCCCACGAAGAGCUGAUCUUCAAGAUGGCUGCAGAUCCAGAGUGCCUGGAUGUGGGGCUGGCUGCCAUGGUCUGCAAGGAGAUGACUCUACUGAUAGAGGAAGAGACACGGCUGAGGGAGUCUGUUGUACAGAUGGGAGUGUUGAUGUCUGAAGAAGAGGUGUUUGAGCUGGUUCCAGAUGAUGAACGUCAGUGCACAGCUUGCAGAACCACGUGCUUCCUGUCAGCUCUUACGUGUUCCUGUAAUCCUGAGCGCCUGGUGUGCUUGUACCAUCCUUCUGAUUUAUGUCCCUGUCCCAUGCAGAAGAAGUGUCUAAGGUACCGCUAUCCACUAGAAGACCUUCCUUCUUUGUUGUAUGGAGUGAAGGUUAGAGCACAGUCUUACGACACUUGGGUCAGUAGAGUUACAGAGGCUCUGUCUGCCAAUCUCAACCACAAGAAAGAUGUGAUUGAGCUGAGAGUAAUGUUGGAGGACGCUGAAGACAGGAAAUACCCGGAGAACGAUCUUUUCCGCAGGCUCCGAGACGCUGUGAAGGAAGCAGAGACCUGUGCUUCAGUAGCACAGCUGCUUCUGAGCAAAAAGCAAAAACACAGCAGAGUGAGCCAAGACAGUGGAAGGACACGGACCAAGCUGACUAUGGAGGAGCUUAAAGCAUUUGUGCAGCAGCUGUUCAGCUUGCCAUGUGUUAUCAGCCAGGCCCGACAAGUAAAGAAUCUGCUCGAUGAUGUGGAAGAGUUCCAUGAGCGUGCUCAGGAAGCUAUGAUUGAUGAGAUCCCAGACUCUUCCAAGCUGCAGGAAUUGAUAGACAUGGGCUCUGGCCUUUAUGUUGAACUUCCUGAACUGCCAAGGUUGAAGCAAGAACUGCAGCAGGCACGGUGGCUGGAUGAGGUGAGGUCCACCCUCUUGGAUCCCCAGAGAGUCACCCUGGAUGUGAUGAAGAAGCUGAUUGACUCUGGUGUGGGCUUGGCACCACAUCACGCUGUAGAAAAAGCCAUGGCUGAGCUGCAGGAGCUGCUCACAGUCUCAGAGAGGUGGGAGGAGAAGGCCAAGGUCUGCCUGCAGGCCAGACCACGCCAAAGUAUGAUGGCUCUGGAGGGCAUCGUGAAUGAGGCAAAGAACAUCCCUGCUUACCUGCCCAAUGUGCUGGCACUGAAGGAAGCCCUGCAGCGAGCUAGAGACUGGACAGCCAAAGUGGAGGCCAUUCAGAAUGGGAGCAACUACGCGUACCUGGAGCAGCUGGAGAGCUUGUCUGCCAAGGGCCGCCCCAUCCCGGUGCGCCUCGAUGCCCUGCCCCAGCUGGAGUCCCAGGUGGCUGCAGCUCGUGCCUGGAGGGAGCGCACAGGAAGGACCUUCCUCAAGAAGAAUUCCAGCUACAACCUGCUGCAGGUUCUGAGCCCGCGGACCGAUAUCGGUGUUUAUGGGAGCAGUAAGAACAGGCGGAAGAGGGCGAAGGAGUUGAUGGAGAAGGAAAAGGAGAAAGAUCUUGACUUGGAAUCCCUGAGUGAACUGGAGGAUGGGCUGGAGGAGGCCAGGGACGCUGCAGCUGUGGUGGCUGUGUUCAAGGAGCGGGAGCAGAAGGAAAUUGAAGCCAUGCACGCUCUCAGGGCAGCCAACUUGGCCAAGAUGACCAUGGUGGACCGAAUCGAAGAAGUCAAGUUCUGCAUCUGCCGCAAGACAGCCAGCGGGUUCAUGCUGCAGUGCGAGCUGUGCAAGGACUGGUUUCACAGCGGCUGCGUGCCCCUGCCCAAAACGAGCUCCCAGAAGAAGGGCUCCAGCUGGCAGGCCAAAGAGGUGAAGUUCCUGUGUCCCCUGUGCAUGCGCUCCCGCCGGCCGCGCCUGGAGACCAUCCUGUCGCUGCUGGUGUCCCUGCAGAAGCUGCCCGUGCGGCUGCCCGAGGGGGAGGCCCUGCAGUGCUUGACAGAGCGAGCCAUGAGCUGGCAGGACCGAGCGCGGCAGGCCCUGGCCACCGACGAGCUCUCCUCUGCUUUGGCCAAGCUCUCCGUGCUCAGCCAGAGGAUGGUGGAGCAGGCGGCUCGCGAGAAAACCGAGAAAAUCAUCAGCGCGGAGCUCCAGAAGGCAGCAGCUAACCCCGACCUGCAGGGACACUUGACAAGUUUUCAGCAGUCAGCCUUUAACAGAGUGAUAGGGAGCGUGUCCUCAUCCCCACGGCAGACUUUGGAUUAUGAUGAUGAAGAGACAGACUCUGAUGAAGACAUCAGGGAGACAUAUGGCUAUGACAUAAAGGACAAUGCCAGUGUGAAAUCUUCCAGCAGCUUGGAGCCCAAUUUGUUCUGUGAUGAGGAAAUCCCCAUUAAAUCAGAGGAGGUGGUGACACACAUGUGGACUGCUCCCUCCUUCUGUGCUGAACACGCCUAUUCCUCUGCUUCUAAAAGCUGCUCUCAAGGUUCUAGCACUCCAAGGAAGCAGCCUCGGAAGAGCCCGCUGGUUCCUCGCAGCUUGGAGCCCCCUGUGCUGGAGCUGUCACCUGGAGCAAAAGCUCAGCUGGAAGAUCUGAUGAUGGUGGGAGAUCUACUGGAGGUAUCUCUGGAUGAAACUCAGCACAUCUGGCGGAUUUUGCAGGCCACUCAUCCGCCCUCUGAGGACAGGUUUCUUCAUGUCAUGGAGGAUGACAGCAUGGAUGAAAAACCACUGAAAAUGAGAGGGAGGGACUCUUCUGAGAGGAAGCGGAAACGAAAACUGGAGAGAGCAGAGCAGUUCUUUGGAGAUAUGAAGCAAAAAUCUAAAGAGCUGAAAAAACUGGAAAAACCCAAGAAGAAGAAGCUAAAACUCACUAUGGAUAAGACAAAGGAGCUGAACAAGCUGGCAAAGAAACUGGCUAAGGAAGAGGAGCGGAAGAAGAAGCGAGAGAAGGCAGUUGUGGCAAAGGUAGAACUGGCAAAGGAGAGCACAGAGAAAAAAAGAGAGAAGAAGGUUCUGGAUAUUCCUUCCAAGUAUGACUGGUCAGGAGCAGAAGAGUCAGAUGAUGAGAAUGCCGUGUGUGCUGCUCAGAACUGCCAGAGGCCCUGCAAGGACAAAGUGGACUGGGUGCAGUGUGACGGGGGCUGCGACGAGUGGUUCCAUCAGGUGUGUGUUGGGGUCUCCCCAGAGAUGGCCGAGAAUGAGGAUUACAUCUGUAUAAACUGUGCAAAGAAACCCCUGCAGGGCCCCAGCAGCCCUGCCCACGCCUCACCUCCUCCCUUCUUGCUGAGCUACAAACUACCAAUGGAAGAUCUCAAGGAGACGAGUUAGCAACUGCUCCAUGCCCAGAACUUGUUGGGAAAUGGACCACUGGAACCCUUCGGAACGAGAGGGGUUUGAGGCUGAUGUAGCUCCCGAGCUUCCCUUCCAAGGAUGUACAGAUGUGCAGCAGAGCUGGUCCCUUCCUGCAGCGGGAAUGUCAGGCACAGAGGCACCGGCUGGGCUGUGCAGACACUGCCUGAUGAGGGGCUCCAGCCAGUGCUUUCUGACUUGAGUGUUUCCAUCUCUGAGUGUGCCUGUUGCUCUCAAGGACUGAGCAAACUCGAGGCUGUCAGACACUUCAGGGUGUCAGAAGUACAUGUUGGCAGUGGGGCUGGCCUGGAGCUGGUGGGCAUAGGCUGGAGCUCUUACACCUACCUGGUUAUCCUGAGGAGGUGACUUUGGAAGUCUUUUGCCUCUCUGUGCCAACCCAGUGUGUAGAGCAAUGUCUUGGGAGAAUGAAAAUGCCUCCAUAUCCAGGCAGCUAACACUACACUAUAAGGGUGGGAGCAAGUGGAUGAAUUUCUUUUAAUUUCUCUUUUGUAGCUAAAGGGCAGAGGAGCUCAUAAUGGCAAAAAUCAGCAAAAGUUCUGUUUACCAAAAAAGAAACCCAACUCUACUCCACUAGGCAAAUUCUUUUCCUCAGUGGGAAACAACGGAUCUUCCUGUCCUGAGGAGGGCCAGAAAUCAUUGAUAAUGUCUAGCUAGACCAGAACUUGGGAAGAGCAGAGUGCUUCCCUUUCCACAGGGAUGCUCUCUCCUGUUCUAGGCUUUGCUUAGAGUUCUACACUCCUGCACGUUAAAGUUGUGUGGCGCAGGAUGGAGCUGGCAAGGAGGUACAGCACCCGGGGCACAGCUUCUGAGAUCUGUACCAGGGAUGGGAAGGAAAGAAGACAGCCCACUUACCUCAGAGGUUACACUGACACGUGCUUCUGUGAAAAGUUUCACUCACAACUUUCCAGUAUCACCAGGCUACAGGCGUGGCCUCCUGUGAUACCAGCAAGCAGUCUGCAGAUACUGUUCACAGUGCAAACCCCUCCCUGCUGGCUUUGCUGGGUGUGUACCAGUGUACAAUCAGCAACAGUUCUUGUUUGAAGUUGCCCCUGGCUUUGCCGGAGGACCAGAGGGCUCGGGGUCAUCCUGGGUGACAGUUGUUUUAGUAAAUCCAUUUUUAAAGAA